AUGACGCAGCAAGAGAGAUGGGUUGUUGCCAAUGCUAUGAUAUCCGCAGUCUUCUUUGCUCUAUCAAUGGCGACCUUAACAGAGUCGACCCGCCAAGCCGAUAAGAUCACGACCCUACCGGGCCAGCCGGCGGUCCGGUUCAACCAAUACUCGGGUUACAUCACAGUCGACAAGAUGCAGGGGAGGGCUCUGUUUUACUACUUCGUCGAAGCGGAGACCGAGCCGGGCUCGAAGCCUCUCGUUCUCUGGUUGAAUGGAGGGCCUGGGUGUUCUUCAGUGGGAGCUGGAGCUUUCUGCGAGCACGGUCCGUUUAAACCCAGUGGAGAUGUUCUGCUACAAAACAAUUACAGCUGGAACAAAGGUCACUACGUUCCACAGCUUGCCCAACUGAUUGUGAAAUCCAAGCCACCCAUCAAUCUCAAAGGAAUUGCAAUUGGGAAUCCUCUGCUGGACUUCAACACGGACUUCAACUCAAGAGCAGAGUACUUCUGGUCUCAUGGAUUAAUCUCGGAUGCAACCUUGGACAUCUUUAACACAGUCUGCAACUACUCCCAGAUAAGAAGACAACUACAGAGAGGGUUUCUCACGCCAGAGUGUUUCCGGGUCAACAGCCAUGCCUCCCUCGAAAUCGGCAAGUUCGUGGACGCCUACGAUGUCACUCUCGACGUCUGCUUGUCUUCCAUCCAGUCCCAAUCCCAUGUCCUCGAGCGGGCUGCUGCUGCAGGAGUAGGGGAAAUUGAUGUGUGCGUGGAGGACGAGACGAUUAGGUAUCUGAACAGGAAAGAUGUGCAGAAGGCUUUCCAUGGGAGGCUUGUUGGUGUCCGGACGUGGAGCACCUGCAGCGAUGUGGUGAGAUAUGAAAUGGACAACUUGGAGGUACCAACGACUCCUAUUCUUGGCCAGCUUCUCAAGUCUGGCCUCAAGGUUCUGGUUUACAGUGGAGAUCAGGAUUCAGUGAUCCCAUUGAUAGGGACAAGGAAGCUUGUGAAUGGACUGGCCAAGGAAAUGGGCCUCAACACCACAGUGCCUUACAGCUCCUGGUUUCAGGGCAGACAGGUUGGAGGGUGGACGCAAGUGUACGGCGAUGCGUUGAGCUUUGCCACCAUAAGAGGAGCAUCCCACGAAGCUCCAUUUUCGCAACCAGAGAGAUCGCUCGAGCUGUUCAGGGCGUUUUUGGGUGGAACUCCUUUGCCAGCCCACAGCACCGUUGCUUAUUGA